UCCUAUCUUCAAGCUCACUAAUUUUUUCUUCUGCUUGAUCAAUUCUGCUGUUAAGAGACUCUAAUGCAUUUUUCAGCUUGUCAAUUGAAUUUUCAGCUCCAGAAUUUCUGCUUUUUUUUAUUAUUAUUCAAUCUCUUUGUUAAAUUUCUCUGAUAGGAUUCUGAUCCUUUGGUAUUAUAAUGAAAUUCAUUAAGCAUCCUCAAGACAGAUUAUUUUAAAUUCCCUUGUCUGAAAGGUUACAUAUCUCUAUCACUCCAGGGUUGGUCACUGGUGCCUUAAGUAGUCUGAUGAGGUCAUGUUUCCCUGGAUGUUCUUGGUGUUUGUGGACACUUAUCGAUGUCUGCACAUUGAAGAGUUAGGUAUUUAUUCUAAUCUUCACAAUCUGGGCUUGUUUGUACCCAUUCUUCUUGAGAGGGCUUUCCAUGAAUUCAAGGGGGAUUGAGCAUUGUGACGUAAGUCUGCAGCUAUUUCAGUACUAGGGGAUGCCGUAAGCCCAGGAACUCUGUGACCCUUGCAGACUCUUAGAUACACAGACUUGGUGGACUUGGGUAAGUUAAGGGAGAAUUCCCUAGGUUACCAGGUAAAGUCUCCCACUAUCUUUCCUCUCUUCCCCCAAUCAGAAGUCAUUAUCCAUGCUGGGCUGCCUGGAGUUGGCGGAGGGGUGAUGUGGGCACUCCCAUGGUCACCACAGCUGGCACUGCAGAGGGUUGCACCUGAAGCCAUGCAAAUCAGCACAGCACUAGGGCUUGCCCAAGGCCCAUGGCCACUACUUCCUGACUGCCACUGAUGUUUAUUCAAGGCCCAAGACCACUUCAGUCAGCAGGUGGUGAAUCCUGCUGGGACUGGGUCCAUCCCAUCAGGACAACAGAUUCCCUUUUGGACCAGGGUGGGUCUAGAAAUGCCAUCCAGUAGCAAAGCCCUGGAAUGAGGGCCUUUAGGAAUCUGCUGGUGCUUAUUAUUUACUGUAAAUGUAGUACCCAAAUUGCAAGACUCAGUUCCCUGAACUCUCCCUUUCCUCCCCCCAAAUGGAAGAAAUUAUUCCUGGAUCUGCUUUGCCCAGAGUUGACACAGGCACUCCCUCAGCCAGCACAGCUGGUAUUUCACUGUAUCACACCCCAAGUCCACUGCCUCCAAGACCAGUUCAGCACCAGGGCUUGCACUUGGUCUGCAGUCUUUGUGGGCUGACUGCCAUUCAAAUUUAUUCCAGACCUCAGCCACUUUAGUCAGCUGAUGGUGAAGCAGGUUGUGACUUGGGUUCCUCCAGCUGAGGUGGGAAUUGUCCUCUGGCCCAGGACUGGUCUAAAUGCUCCCUCUGUACCACUGGCAGAAUUCUGCCCUGGGUGUCUUCCGCUGUGACAGGACAGCACUGAGUUCUAAUGCGAAGUUCCACAUUCACUUUUCUCUUUCCCAAGCACAGAUUCUCUCUCCAUGUUCCACUGCCUAGGGUUGGCAUCUGCAAUGCCUCUUUCCUUGAUGUUAUGUUCAAACUAGCCUCUAAUCUCUACUCCUGGUGCCAGCUCAGGGCCAAAGCUAAUGGGUGAGGAUGGAAAUACCAGCACCUUCAACAUCUCCUACACCAACUUCUUCCUGGUAGGUUUCCCUGGAUUACAAGAGUGGAGGUCCCUCCUGGUCCUGCCUCUUACCUUCCUCUAUGUGACCAUCAUCUCUGCCAAUGUCCUGGUCAUCCACACGGUAGUUGCCCAGCGAAACCUACAUCAGCCCAUGUAUGUGCUCAUUGCUCUGCUCCUGGCUGUCAACAUUUGUGCUGCCACAGCUGUAAUGCCUAAAAUGCUGGAGGGCUUUGUGCAUUAUGCUAACCCCAUAUCACUGCAUGGCUGCCUGGCCCAGAUGUUCUUUAUCUACUUCACCCUCCUUCUGGAUUACAACCUCCUUCUGGCCAUGGCCCUGGACCGUUAUGUUGCCAUCUGCCACCCACUCCGCUAUACUGACCUGAUGACCUCCCGCCUGCUGGGCCUGCUGGCCAUUCUUGCCCUGACACGGAGCCUGGGAGUGGCAGUGCCCUUGGUGGUGCUAACUGCACAAGCUCAAUUCUGCCAGACAGGAGUGAUUCAACACUUCACUUGUGAGUACAUUGCACUACUGAGCAUAGCUUGUGGAGACCUGACUUUCAACAGCCGGUUGGGGCUGGUUAUGCGGUUGGUCACUGUGAUCUUUGAUCUAACCCUACUUGGGACCUCCUACACUCGCAUCAUUUAUGCUGCCUUUCAGAUCUCUUCUGGGGGAGCCCGAGCCAAGGCCUUGCAUACAUGUGGCUCCCACUUGCUGGUCAUCCUCACCAUCUACCUCUCUGGUCUUUCCACUUCCAUUGUAUUCCGAGUAGCCAAGACUGUGUCUCAGGAUGUCCAGAAUCUUCUUAGUGCCAUAUACUUGCUGCUCCCAGGAGCCUUGAAUCCUGUCAUUUAUGGGGUGAGGACUAAGGAGAUCCGGCAACAUGUAGAAAAGAUGUUCUGUGGAAAAGAAUCAGCCCAGAAUGUUAGGGAGAAACCAAAGAGGCUGCAGAACAUGAGAGUGGAAAGGAAAUUGGCACCAUAAGAGAACUUUAUCAACAUGAGAAAUUGGGGAUGUGACUUCUGGGAACAAGAGAUAAGCAGGCAGUAUUCAGGGAUAGGCCAGAAUUUCCUGAGCAGACUAUAGGCUCAACAGCAGGCCCAUUGUUGGUCAAUU